GUGCAGUGCGUCUAUCAGCCGAUUGGUCACUCUCUAUCACCACGACCAUUCAAUCUUCUACUUCCACUCCAUCCAACCAAACUAUUCACCUUGCCAACGAACCUCAACUUUUGGAGAUUUUAUCGUCAACUCGCGGAAUGGAUUGGUUGAAACUCUCACUAUUACGAUAAUCGAUUUUUUACCUCCAAAGAUACCGACGAGAUGGAUCAACAAACGACAUAUCAAGGCCCAGAAGGAGGGGCUGAGAUGCCAGCUCUAGGAGCUGGUAUAGUACCUCCUCCUCCGAAUCAGCAACUCCCGGCGCAAAUGUUUACGACUGCUGCGCAACUCCUUGACUUGACUGACAAAAAGCUUAUGAUCUCCCUCCGCGAUGGCAGAAAACUCAUUGGAAUACUCCGAAGUUGGGACCAGUUCGCAAACAUCGUCCUCCAAUCUACCAUCGAACGGAUAUUCAUUGCGCCUCCCCCUUCUUCCUCACCUCAAGGUGCAACGCAGCCUGGACUCUACGCCGAUAUACCCCGCGGACUAUUUCUCGUGCGCGGCGAAAAUGUGUUGUUGCUGGGCGAAAUAGAUUUGGAUAAAGAUGACGAGGCACCACCGGGAUAUGAGAAAGCGGAUGCGGAGGUGGUGAAUAGGUUGGAUAAGGAGAGGAGGGCAAUGGAGGCGAAGAGGGACAAGAAUCGUUUGAGGAAGUUGGCAGAGUUAGGGUUUGAGGGGGAGAAUUCGGGAGAGGCCAUAUUUGGAUGAGGUCGGUGAGAGAGAGAGAGAGAGAGGGGAGGGGGAUAAUUAGAGAGGGUUAGGACAAGGAAGGGGGGUAUGAGGGAGGUAGUGGGGAAUAAGUUCGAGGUGGGAUGGGAUAGGAGAUCAGAGAUGUGGUUACAAAAAAACUCAAGGCCGAAUAUUGUGAAAGGCUAGCUGGCGAUUUCUAUCAGUCAGUCGUGGUAGAUCUAUAGCAGAUUAAACCACAGGAAACAAAUUUUUUCCUUCUUCUCUCCGAAUUGUUUGGACCCUUUUCACGAUUUACUUGUGUGAGUAUAGCGUUUUCAGAGAAACUAACGAUCGAUCCUCCAUAUGAAUCACGACGCGUUAGAGAGCAAGGAUCUCUCCAUCCCACAGCAUGAAUUUUAAAGUUUUGGCUUUGGACUUUUGGAAGAUCUUAAAUGCAGAUGUUGAAUUGAGGAUGGGGAGAAGAGUGGAGGAUAGAUAGAGAAUAUCACUAAGCGGAAGUCGAAAUAGGAAUAGGUGUAUCGGGUGAACUUUUCCGUUUAAUGCAUAGAGAGUAUAGCAAACUCAAUAUCCGAAAUCGAAGGAAAUGAUUAAAGGAUGAAUAGAUUUGGUAGGUUGGUUGAUAGGUGUGAAUCAAUGGACGGAUGAAUGUGUGGGUGGAUCUACGGAUUUCCGAAAUUCAUGAUUAUGCUCA